UUUCAUUCACAGAAGUAAUAGUUGUGUGGCUUGUAUUGUUUUACAAAUUAAAGCUUUUACAAAGGUGUAAAACGUAAAGGAUACUCUACAGACUUUCAUCUAACUUUACUGAGUAACCAUGUCUGGUGCUGUUUUGGCAGAACAUGCCAUACCUUUCGAAGAAAACUUUGAAUGGGGUGACUUAUCUGAUACUCAUUUCAACCCUGAUGACUUUUUAUUACCACAAGAUGAUCUUAAAUUCACGGAAGAAGAGAUGAAAGAUAUUGACUUGCAGGAUUUAGUUGGCAAACUUGAAUCAGAUGAUUUUUUAGGUAAUUUUCCAGACUUGGAUUAUCCAAGCUUAGAUAUUUUUAAACAUGAGCCAUUAUCCCCAGAUUCAGCUGUUUCAUGUAACGAUUCCUUCCCAAGUUCACCAGGAUCACAGAGUUCUGGAAGUGGUAACUUAUCCCCUGUUCAUAGCACAGGCUCCCUCUCUGACCAAGAUCACCAUGAUCAUGUUAUGAUUACUGAUGUUAUGCUUGAUAAUGAUUGCCAAGAAGAGUGCAUUAUACAAGAAAUUGACAAAGGGAUUAGCUUUUUAGCUAAUGAACCUUCUAUACAACAACAAGUGCCCAGUCAGCAAUUACAAAAACAGUUGCUACAACCACAGCAACAAGAACAACAACAACAACAACAACAACAACAACAACAACAACAACAACAACAGCAAGCAAAACAGCAUCAACAAGUCUUGCUGCAGCAACCAAAAACCCAACCAAGUGUUCCAAAUGUUUCAAUGGUUAUAAAGUCUGAAAACAAGAAGGUUCAGCCAUGUAGCCUAAAGUCCAAUGGCUCAAAUACCCAAAUAAAGAAUGAACUGUCAAUCAGUGCUCCCACACAAUGCAUGGUAAUUUCAAAUGGUGUUCAACAACUGGACCAAAAGCCUGUCAUUCUGCAGAAUGUACAGACCUUAAAGUUGCCAUUGCCUCGGAAUUCUAAGCAAAAUCCAAUGUUUGUUCAACAAUUAAAUGGUAGUAUACCACUACAAACUGUGUUGCCAGUGACAACUACACAACCUCAAAUACAUUCUAUGAAUCUUGUAUCAAGUACUGGUGUUUCUGUUUUAAAACCAGUGUUGGUUCAAGCGGGCACCAACAAGAUGACAUGUAUACCUGUUUCGCCAACUGUCCAAGGCACCAUUCCACAAACUACAAACACUAUCAUUGGAACAGUUAAUAAUUCAACCACAAUAAGGACUGGUCUUAACCAAACAAAUAGUUCAACUUCAGCAGAUGUUGAUAUGAAAGUGCUGAGAAGGCAACAAAGAAUGAUCAAAAACAGAGAGUCAGCCUGCUUGUCAAGGAAAAAGAAAAAAGAAUAUUUACAAAGCCUGGAGGCAAAACUGAAUGAGACAUUGGCUUUAAAUGCCCAAAUCACACAAGAAAAUGAGAUGCUUAAAAAGAGGUUGAUGGAGUUGGAGAGAGAGAACAAUGCAUUUAAGAACUUGACUGGGAUGAACCUGAGUGGAAAUGUGGCAAAGUCAACAUGUGUUCUUGUUCUUCUACUUUUUGUUGCUCUCAACCUGAAUGGCUUCAGCAAUUUUAAAGACCAACUAAAAGAAAGCCCAGGUCUGCUCGAGAGUUCCACAGUACACCAUGGUCGAGCUUUGUUGGAAUAUACUGAUAAAUAUAACAUUGACAUUGAAAAAUUGUCGUCUGCCAAACAAGACGAGGAAAACACGAAGAACAGACGGGAACAUAAAAAGAACAUUUUUAAGAAGGGUUUAGAGAGUGAGAGAGACAGCGGGAGAACUGUCAGUUCGUCAGAGAAAAACCGUUUUAUAAAGAAGACAAAGAAGGGAAGUCGAACACCAUCGAAAAAUAUUACUCAAGUGACACCUUCUGUAUGUAGUCCAGCUCCUGCUCUGAACGAAACUGAGAAUAACAGAUUAAACGAACUGAUUGAAUUAUUGAUUCGGAAACAUGAAAUGGCAAGAAUAUCGGAGCGACUCGGUAAACAGAGCCAGGAAUAUGUACGAUCACCGAUCUCUGAACUUGUGACGAAAAUAAAACAGAAUUCUACAAGCAAGACAGACUUGAGGUCGUUCAUGCUAAAAAAUUCGCAAUCAAAAGAACUCCAAAUAGCCUCGAGAUACACAGGAUCUUUUAGAUCAUUUCAACAGGCGUUCAACCGUCAACCUGAUACCUCGUACCUCGUCUCUUUCAGAAAGGAUCAUCUUAUGUUCCCAGCGACUGAGAUGAACACGACACGUCGACCAAAGAUGUCAUUUAUUUUACCUGCCCCUAGUGGAGACGCCAAAUGGCGUGUAAAGAAAAAUUACAUUCCAAUGAUAAAGAUGGAUUGUCAAUUCAUAAACAGUAAAAGAAUAUUUAUAAAGAGAUCAAGUAUUCCACCAAAUCUUAUGGACAUGUCAUAUUUAUACACACCUUAUGUAAAUAAUGAGAAUGAUCACAAUUGAAUCGCUUAGCGAAAAUUAAUCUUAAUUUAGUAUUUGUAGGUGCUGCUGUUCUGCAGUUUUAAAAUGUAUUGUAUAAAUCUGGCUUGUGUGAGUGGUUGCUUCUUGCUCGAUCGACGGCGUGCUUGCGAGCGUA